AAUGACCAGCAGCGUUCCUCCUUCUCGGUAUCAGACCCCACUUCCCCAACUUUUGGAUGAAACAACUUGUAAACCUAUUUUUAACACUCUCAAGUUACAGAUGACGGAAGAGACAACUACAUUACGUAGAGAUUUGGAAGAUAUGAAAAGAGGAUAUCAAUCAAUGGACCUAAAGAGCAAGGGACAAAAGGAGGAACUAAGUGACUUAGGAAGUAGACUAUGUCUUCUUCGUGGACGAUGUCGAGUCAAAUGCACUCAAAUAAGUGAAAAGAGAUCUAUUUUACGCUCCCUACGAUGGAGCAUAUUUGAAUUACAGCAGGAAAAUGACGCCUUAAAAUCACAGCUUCUUACUCUGGAAAAACAAGGUAUUAACAUCGCCGAUAUUCGAAAGAGAUAUUGCAAAGAAGAACUUUAA